UAGAUUAUAUCGUAGGGGUGGUCUGUCAUCUGCAGCCGUGCAAGCAAAAUGUGUUUUUAUUUAUGAGAAAACUAAAUUUAAGGUUCUGUUUAAAUCUCCUUAUACUUUAUAUUGAAAUAAUAUAGUACUUUUAAACUAAAACUCAAUAAAAAUACAAACUCUUUUUUCGAACUAUUGUUAAAGUUCAGAUUAACUCGGUGUUGUUGAGUAAAUAGCACAUGUCACCGAAUGAACCGAAAUGUCAUUUGAACAACAUUUUCGUAUCGUCGUGGAAAAAGUUUUUAAUUAUUGGCCAGAUUUGAAACUAGCUGUGGAACAUGGAAUGGGUGGCCGGAAUGGCCAACAGACAGCCAUAGAAAUAAUGGACUACACGUACAAUUACUGCAUUAAAAACGAUAAAAUAACCGUCGGCGAGCUUCAAGAUGUUAUAGAAGACCUUAUGGAUCAAGAAUUCGAUACUCUGUGUGAUGACAAUUCUAUUCCAGAAAUUUGUAGAAAUCUCCUCAGGUACUUACAAAUGUGUAAGGAUGAAAAAUAUCCAGAAAUUGAAGCUGAAUUUCAACGGCUCCCACCUGGCAAAGAGUGGCUAAGAGGAGAAGUAAAAAUCAUGCCAGUUUCUGAUAAUGAUAGCUCUACCGAUGAAGACACUUCAGACUGUGAAAUGGAUGUUGACGAGAAUGAAGCAAGUUCAAGUAAGUCGGCUCCAUCAAGAGAAAAAAGUCCUUUUGUAGAGCCUGAGCCUGGUUGGACAACUGUCAGGACAAAAAAGAAAAAUUGAGUUACUAUUUAUGGAUUAUUUUUACGAAUAAAGCCCUAAAAAUACAUAAA